AUGUGGAGGAAAUUCGGUGUACUAUCGCUCAUCCUGGUCAUCGCCGUUGCCACCGAUGUUAAUCAAUGUUCUGACAAUAAACCCUUUCCCAUGGCUGUGCGUGUGCUGAAUUGCGAAACACAGCCGUGCGAUGUUUACAAAGGUUCUGAGAUGACAUUCGAGAUCGACUUCUAUGUGGAUAAAUUUGUAACGAAGUUGACAACUUUGGUAAGUGCCACCACCUUGGGCAUAACCGUGCCAUAUCAGCUGCCCGAUGAUGUACGCGAUGUUUGCUCGAACCUAAUGUACGGCGCUUACUGCCCUCUCUACGCCACGGAGGAUGUUACCUAUCUCUUUAAAUUUCCUAUUGCCAAUUAUCCAGAAGUUAGCGCUAGAGUGGAGAUUAAUGUCGUUGAUCAGGAUAAUGAAGUGGCCACCUGUUUCGUGUGUAGCAUAAAGGUGAAAAAAGCUAACGGUAACAGCACAGUUUACGAAAUUGAAGAUUGA